AUGUUUAGUCCAUUACAAUAUUCAUAUACGGCGGAUGACGAGUACGAUGCACUCCCACCGUUACCGCCGCAAAUGAAAGCACCUCCCAAAAAGGCUGCACAUCUACUUGAUAUCCCAACUGGUAACAAUGCAUGGAGUGCUGUUUUACAACAAGCUGAAAUUCGAAGACGUAAACGACGACAAACAACACCUGAACAUCCUAGUCGUGCAUUAUUUUGUUUAUCACUUGAUAAUAAAUUACGUCGUACAUGUAUUAAAUUAGUUGAAUGGAAACCUUUUGAAUAUUUGGUGCUUUUUACUAUCUUUUGUAAUUGUGCCGCAUUAGCUCUUAGUACACCAUUACCACAUAAUGAUACAACACCAACAAAUUCUGUACUAGAACAAAUCGAGUAUAUAUUUUUGGCCAUAUUUACACUUGAAGUUGUUCUAAAAAUUAUUGCAUAUGGUUUAUGUCUUCAUCCAAAUGCAUAUCUAAGAAGUGGAUGGAAUUUACUCGAUUUUAUUAUUGUUGUUGUUGGAUUUCUGAGUGUAAUAUUAAUUCGAUAUAAUGUCCAAGGUUUUGAUGUCAAAUCUUUACGAGCAUUUCGUGUUAUUCGUCCAUUGAAACUUGUCAAUGGUGUACCGAGUUUACAAAUUGUAUUAAAUUCAAUUUUACGAGCUAUGUUACCCCUAUUGCAUAUUGCUCUAUUAGUACUUUUUGUUAUUACAAUUUAUGCUAUUAUUGGUUUGGAAUUAUUUUGUGGAAAAAUGCAUAGUACUUGUUAUAUUAAUGGAACAAGUAAAAUGCCGCAAGUUGACGAAAUUCGACCAUGUGGUGAAAAAGGUCGACAUUGUCCGCCAGGAGAAGAAUGUAAAGAUAUAGGAUGGGAAGGUCCAUGGCAUGGAUUUAUUAAUUUUGAUAAUUUUGGUUUGGCUAUGUUAACUGUAUUUCAAUGUAUAACAAUGGAAGGAUGGACAUCGAUUUUAUAUAAAAUGAAUGAUGCUAUUGGACGUGAAUGGGCCUGGAUUUAUUUUGUUUCACUGAUAAUAAUUGGUUCUUUUUUUGUUAUGAAUCUUGUCUUAGGUGUUCUAAGCGGUGAAUUUUCUAAAGAAAGAGAAAAAGCUAAACAAAGAGGUGAUUUUCAAAAAUUAAGAGAAAUUCAAAUAAUUGAUGAAUCAUUUCGAAAUUAUAUGGCAUGGAUUCGUAAAGCUGAAAUCGGAAAUGAUACAAAUGAUGGUACAGAAAAUGAUGUUACUCUUGAUGCAUCAGGAGAUCCAGUAAAAAAAGAAGGAACAUUAGAAACACAUUGUGGAUGGUUGUAUGAUAAAUUACGAUAUAUUCGAGUUUUUCAUGCAUACAGUCGACGUCGAAUUCAUACAAUGGUUAAAUCACAAACAUUUUAUUGGAUUGUUAUUGCACUUGUAUUAAUGAAUACAGCUGUGCUAGCAAGUGAAUAUUAUGGACAACCACAAUGGCUAACAGAUACUCAAGAAAUAGCUAAUCGAAUAUUCGUCAUAUUAUUUUCAUUUGAAAUGUUACUUAAAAUGUAUUCACUUGGCAUAACUGGUUAUUUCGUAUCAAAUUUUAAUCGUUUUGAUUGUUUUGUUGUUAUUGCAUCAAUUAUUGAAUUUGUACUUAUAUUUAAAGAUCUUAUGCCACCAUUAGGUAUAUCUGUGCUUCGUUGUGUUCGUCUUUUACGUGUGUUUAAAGUAACACGUUAUUGGACAGCAUUAAGAAAUUUAGUUGCAUCAUUACUUAAUUCAAUGAAAUCAAUUGCAUCUUUACUUUUACUAUUAUUUUUGUUUAUUGUCAUAUUUGCUUUAUUGGGUAUGCAAAUGUUUGGAGGAAAAUUUGAUGAAAUAUUUGAAGUUGAAGAGAAACCACGAAAUAAUUUUGAUUCAUUUUGGGGUGCACUUAUUACUGUAUUUCAAAUUUUAACUGGUGAAGAUUGGAAUGAAGUUUUAUAUACUGGUAUACGAGCACUUGGCGGUCUUGGACUUGUUGGUACAGUUGUUUGUGUUUAUUUUAUUGUUUUAUUUAUUUGUGGUAAUUAUAUAUUAUUGAAUGUCUUUUUGGCUAUCGCCGUUGAUAAUUUGGCUGAUGCUGAAAAUUUAACUGCAGCUGAAGAAGAAGAACAAAAGAAACGUGAAGAAGCUAAAUUAGGUGCAGAAGUAAAACCAAACGGAGAUGUAAAAGGAACAGAUCAAGCGAAUACUGAAGCGAUUGAAACAGAUGAAAAAUCACGCGGUGGAACAGAUGAAAAUCCAUUAGAUGAAAAUGAAGAUCGUCCAAUAGAACGUGGUGAUAAUGAAGACAAUGCUGGUCUUAAUGAAGAUCAAGUUGUUGAAACAGAAGAUGAAGAAAGAACUACAGCAAGACCUCGUCGUUUAUCUGAACUGAACAUUGUUGAAAAAGUUAAACCAAUUCCACCUUAUUCAUCAUUAUUUGUAUUUUCACAUACAAACAAAUUUCGUAUAUUUUGUCAUCGUGUUUGUAAUCAUCGUUCAUUUGGAUAUAUUGUACUUGUUUGUAUAUUACUUUCAAGUAUAUCACUUGGUGCAGAAGAUCCUGUUGAUCCAGAUUCAGUUCGAAAUAGAAUUCUUAAUAAAGCCGAUUACUUUUUCACAGCUAUUUUCACAAUUGAAAUUUGUUUAAAAGUUGUCUCAUAUGGUUUAAUAUUUCAUCCAGGUGCCUUCUGCCGAAAUCGUUUCAAUAUUCUUGAUAUUGUUGUUGUAUCUGUUUCAUUAAUAUCUAUGGUUAUAAAAGAUCGUGCAAUAUCCGUAGUAAAAAUUCUUCGAGUACUUCGUGUACUUCGUCCAUUACGUGCUAUUAAUCGAGCAAAAGGCCUUAAACAUGUUGUACAAUGUGUUGUUGUAGCCAUAAAAACUAUUGGUAAUAUCAUGUUAGUUACUUUCCUACUACAGUUUAUGUUUGCUUGUAUGGGUGUACAAUUAUUUAAAGGAACAUUUUAUUCAUGUAACGAUAAAUCCAUGUUAAGCGAAGAUCAGUGCAAAGGAUAUUAUUUAAUAACAACUGAAAAUCAUAUUUCAAAAGAAGCUCGAUCUUGGACGAAUUCAAAAUUUCAUUUUGAUAAUGUUCCACAAGCUCUAUUAACAUUAUUUACAGUAGCAACAUUUGAAGGAUGGCCAAAUUUAUUGCAUACAGCAAUUGAUUCGAAAGCUGAAGGUCAUGGUCCAGUUUAUAAUUAUCGACCAUUUGUUGCUCCAUUUUUUAUUACAUUUAUUAUCGUAAUUGCAUUUUUUAUGGUAAAUAUAUUCGUGGGUUUCGUCAUCGUUACAUUUCAAAAUGAGGGAGAACAAGAAUAUAAAAAUUGUGAAUUGGAUAAAAAUCAACGUAAAUGCAUUGAAUUUGCUCUGAAAGCUAAACCGAUAAAACGUUAUAUACCUGUUAAGAAAAGUCAAUUAAAAAUUUGGUGGUUUGUUACAUCACCUCCAUUUGAAUAUGCUAUUUUUUCCUUAAUUAUGAUAAACACAGUGGUACUUGCUAUGAAAUAUCAUAAUCAACCUGAUAAUUAUUCUAAAGCAUUAGAUUAUUUAAAUAUUGUAUUUACAGCUAUAUUUGGUCUAGAAUUUAUUCUUAAAAUGGCUGCAUUUCGCCUUAAAAAUUAUUUUAGUGAUCCAUCAAAUUGUUGUGAUUUUAUUAUUGUUGUUGGUAGUGUUAUUGAUAUUAUCUAUACUGAUGUCAUAGCACCUGGUACAAAUGUAAUUAGUAUAAACUUUUUUCGUUUAUUUCGUGUUAUGCGUUUGGUAAAAGUAUUAAGUCGUGGAGAAGGUAUUCGAACAUUACUUUGGACAUUUAUUAAAUCAUUUCAAGCUUUGCCUUAUGUUGCUCUACUUAUUGCAAUGUUAUUCUUUAUCUAUGCUGUCAUUGGAAUGCAGAUGUUUGGUAAAAUAGCAAUGGAUGAUAAUACAGCGAUAAAUGAAAAUAAUAAUUUUCAAACAUUUUUCAAUUCAUUACUUGUACUUUUCCGUUCUGCAACAGGAGAAGCUUGGCAAGAAAUUAUGUAUUCUUGUGGACCAAGUGCCAAUGCUACAUGUGAUAGUCGAUCACGACCUAAAAAAGAUGAAUAUUGUGGAAGUUAUUUUUCAAUUCCAUAUUUUUUAUCUUUCUAUAUACUCUGUUCGUUUUUAAUUAUCAAUUUAUUUGUUGCUGUUAUUAUGGAUAAUUUUGAUUAUUUAACUCGUGAUUGGUCUAUUCUUGGACCUCAUCAUCUUGAUGAAUUUGUUCGUUUAUGGUCAGAAUAUGAUCCAGAAGCUAAAGGACGUAUCAAGCAUCUCGAUGUAAUCACAUUGUUGAGAAAAAUUUCACCGCCACUCGGUUUUGGCAAACUAUGCCCACACAGAGUGGCUUGCAAGAAAUUGGUAUCAAUGAAUAUGCCAUUGAAUCAAGAUGGUACUGUUAUGUUUAAUGCAACUCUAUUUGCAUUAUGUCGUACAUCAUUAAAAAUAAAAACUGAUGGUAAUAUUGAUCAAGCUAAUGAAGAAUUACGUGCUGUUAUACGUAAAAUAUGGAAACGAACACCACAAAAAUUACUUGAUCAAAUUAUUCCUCCACCUGGUUCUGAUGAUGAUGUAACAGUUGGAAAAUUUUAUGCAACAUUUCUUAUACAAGAUUAUUUUCGUCGAUUUAAAAAACGUAAAGAACAAGCAGCUAAACAAGUUACACUUGGCUUUUCUGGUGCAAGUAAAAAUUCUGUUGCAUUACAAGCUGGAUUAAGACAAUUGCAUGAUUUGGGACCUGAAAUACGACGAGCGAUAUCAGGAGAUUUAGAUGAUGAAGAAACAUUUAAUCGAUUUUGGCGUGAAGAAGAACCACAACAUCAUCGAGAUCAUUCAUUAUUUGGUGCAAUGCUUGAUGCAUUUACACGUGCUAUACGUAAACCACAACAAAUGCUUGGUUAUGGACCUGGUUUUUCAAAUACACAACCACCAGGAUCUCCACCAGUACCACCAGGUACUCGUCUUCGACGUGAACCAGAUGGACCAGUAUCAGUAAAAAUUGAAGGAGAUCCUAAUGUACAUGUACCAUCACCAUUUCGUAUUGGAGCUAUUACAGCCGAUCGACGUGGUAUUGAACCUGAUAGUUAUGUAUUUCAAGUACCUGAACAUGAAGAAGGCCCGUUAGGACCAUUAACAUUAACAAGUCGUCGAGGAAAUAUUCGAAAAGAAAAUAGUUUUCGUUAUCAUGAACCAAAUGAAGCAUUUAUUAAUGAUCAAGUACCUCAAACACGUCGUCGUUCUGUAUUAGCACGUAUAUUUGCUAAACGUAAAAAUGAUAGUCAAGAAUCAGCAUUAGUCAAAGGUUCAACAAGUACAGAAGAUUCAACUCAACCACGAACAGCUACGGUCAAUCGUGCAUUAGUUGUUGAAAAUGGUGAUGCAAUACGCACUCAAAGAACAACAACACCAGCAGUAUCUUAUUUAAUGCAACGGCAAGAAAGAGAUAACGUUGAAGAAUUAGUCAAUGCAUGUCUUGAUACAUCCGGUAUUGACCGUCGAUAUAAUGCGUUAAUAUUAGAAGAAUUACGUGAUUGUACAAAUUUAACUCAUGAUCAAUUAAGACAAGCAGCAUUUGAAUUAACUAGACAACUUCGUUCGACUUCUCCACAAUAUCCGUCAACUACAUAUGAUUCUCCCCCUGCACAUCUCCCAUCAUCAGAUGAACGUUUAUAUAAUUCAUCUAAUCGUUAUGCUAAUGUGUGA